AUGAACGCAGCCCGCUUCCUCCGCCGCCCCGCGACCUUUGCCCUCCGGCCCUCCUUCGUCGUCCCCCAGUCUUCCGCCCCCUUCUCCUCCUCGGCCUCGUUCAACUUUGCCCGCACCAUGGCCGCUGCCGCCAAGAUCAAGGUCAAGAACCCCGUCGUCGAGCUCGACGGCGACGAGAUGACCCGCAUCAUCUGGCAGACCAUCAAGGACAAGUUCAUCCACCCCUACCUCGAUAUCGACCUUAAGUAUUACGACCUCGGCCUGCCCUACCGCGACGAGACCAACGACAAGGUCACCCUCGACGCCGCCGAGGCUAUCAAGAAGUACUCGGUCGGUGUCAAGUGCGCCACUAUCACCCCCGAUGAGCAGCGUGUCGAGGAGUUCAAGCUCAAGCAGAUGUGGCUGUCCCCCAACGGCACCAUUCGCAACCACCUCGGCGGAACCGUCUUCCGCGAACCCAUCGUCAUCCCCCGCGUCCCGCGCCUGGUGCCCGGCUGGAAGAAGCCCAUCAUCAUUGGCCGCCACGCCUUUGGCGACCAGUACCGCGCCAAGGACGCCGUGCUCCCCGGCCCGGGCACCCUCAAGAUGGUCUACACCCCCGAGGGUGGGGAGCCCCAGGAGAUCGAGGUCUAUAAGUUCAAGAACGGCGGCGGCGUCGCCCAGACCCAGUACAACACGGACGAGUCCAUCACCGGCUUCGCCCACGCCUCCUUCAAACUCGCCCUUACCAAGAAGCUGCCCCUGUACAUGAGCACCAAGAACACCAUCCUCAAGAAGUACGACGGCCGCUUCAAGGACAUCUUCCAGGAGCUCUACGACGGCAAGUACAAGGCCGAGUUCGAGGCCGCAGGCAUUUGGUACGAGCACCGCCUCAUUGACGACAUGGUCGCCCAGAUGGUCAAGUCCUCCGGCGGCUACAUCAUGGCACUCAAGAACUACGAUGGCGACGUCCAGUCCGACAUCGUCGCCCAGGGCUUCGGCUCCCUCGGCCUCAUGACCUCGGUCCUCAUCACCCCGGACGGCAAGACCUUUGAGUCCGAGGCCGCCCACGGCACCGUCACCCGCCACUACCGCGAGCACCAAAAGGGCAACGAGACCUCCACCAACCCCAUCGCCUCCAUCUUCGCCUGGACCCGCGGCCUCAUCCAGCGCGGCAAGCUCGACGAGACCCCCGAGGUCAUUGCCUUCGCCGAGUCCCUCGAAAAGGCCUGCAUCGACACCGUCGACGUUGACGGCAUCAUGACCAAGGACCUGGCUCUCGCCUGCGGCAAGACCGCCCGUUCCGACUAUGUCACCACCAACGAGUACCUCAACGCCGUCGAGCGCCGCAUGAAGAACAUUCUCAAGGAGAAGUUGUAA